UGCUGUUGAUACUGGAUGUGAUUAAAUCAUGGAUUAAUGGGCGCAGACAAGCUUUUGUAAGGUGGAAAAAGGCGGUUCUGGUGAUCUAAUUUGAUGUGGUGUUUGAAGGAGAGGUUGCGGGUGUGUGGGGAGAGAUAUGUACAUAAUCAUUUAUUUCCCUGAUAAACUAAAGGGGCGUGUUCUCACAUAAACUCUUUAAGUAAAACUGACAGAGCAGUUUCAUUCCUCUCAUUGCAGCAUCAUGACUAGAGGGAGGUCAAGCAAGGCAAAGAGUCCUGACACUAAGUGUGCCGAGAGUAAAACCAGACCUGAGGACUUUAAACGCUUUACAGAAGAUAAAAAAUGUUCAGAGGAGACGCAGCCAGAGACCAAAGGACACGACCGACAGAAAGACAGACAAAACUGAAACUCUUCAAAACUCUGGAAAUACUGAAGAUUAAAAGAACGGAUACAUCGGCUGCAUCAAAAGUCGUCAAUGAAAUAGUAGACACUAUAUUUAAGCAUUUGAAAAACAACACUUUGCGCUUUAAAGAAGUAGAAGAACCGCUACGUAUUGGAAGCUACUGUGAACAUCUGAAAAUUUCUAAACCUGAUGGAUUUGAUGUCAUGAUGCCCAUACCUGUUGACCCAGUGACCGUUGAGCCAGUUGGAGACGAUGGAGCCUCUUACAGGGUGAAAUUAAAACGUAAAAAGAGCCUGCUGCAAACAUUUGCAGAGGCCGGCACAUUAUCUGCCAGUAGAAUGCUCAAGAAGUUCAGAGAAGAAGUGAAGAAAAGUGUCCAGACAUGCACAGCAUGGACGGUGGAAAGAAAGUAGGCUGCCCUGCAGUGACACUGACCAGAAGAGUAGGAUCAACCACUAUUUCCCUGAAUAUUGUUCUCAGCAUCGUGGUUAAAUCCAGGUGGCCACCUGCCACCAAGGACGGCAUUAAAAUAGAUGGCUGGCUGGGGAGGAUAGUGAAGCAGGAACACAAGCGAAAGCCAUUUUAUCUUGUACCAAAAUAUGAAGGCAAUGGUACAACAGAAAGGGAUGGGGUCCUAGCCACGAAUGCUUGGCGGAUUUCCUUCUCUCAUGUUGAGAAGGCCAUCAUGAUCAAUCACGGAUCAGAGAAGACGUGCUGUGAGAAGGGGUCUCGUUGCUGCAGGAAGCAGUGUUUGCAGCUCCUGAAGCACCUUCUGAGUCUGCUGAAGGCCAACUCCUCAUUUGACAAGUUCUGCUCCUACCACGCCAAGACCACACUCUUACACGCCUGCUGCUCCAGAACUAAAGACAGUGAUUGGAAGUUGUCCAAUCUGAGCCAGUGUUUUCGGCAGCUUCUCAUGGACUUUGUAGCCCAUUUGGAGGCUCGUGUACUCAACAACUUCUUCAUCCCAACUCAGAACCUGCUCGCCGGUCCCAGCAAGAAGCAGUGCCGUAUGCUGGCUCGUUUGAUCAGGAAGGAAUGCGACGAGGGCUUUCCUUCUUUCAUUCCACCCACAGUUUGAAACAUCCUUAAAGUAAAAACUGGGAAACUAAACCCAGCGUAAUCUUUCAGGGUGGAAAGAAUCUUCAAAAUGGCAUUUAUGUAAUUGUUUAUUUCUAACAAUUUCAUGCUGGUCUCUCACUUUUAUAUCUAGCUCUUUGCUUUUUCAUGCGUUUGGUAUUUUCUAUUUUAUUUUAUAAAUACUUUGUAACAUCCUGGGAAGCGCUUCAUUUAAGUCGAAACAUAAAAAGAUAAUUAAUCUGCCAAUUAACAAAAGAAAGUUAUAGUGUCAUAAGUCAGAAUAUAGUAUGCCAUGCUAUAAACUACUAUAGUAUAGUAUAGUAUAGUAUAGUAUAGUAUAGUGGUACUGUCCCUUAUAGUUAGACUGUUUCAACACAAUGUAGACGUGUAAGCUCAAAGUUUUACACUUCUGCAUUUAGUUGUUAAAGCCAACAUACAAAAGCUGGCACUUCAGUAGACUAAACCUUUCCCAUAAUAGUGGAGGUAUGGACAAGGGGGUGUCUCAUAUAGUAAAUACUUGCUGGAUGUCACAUUUUAUUUUACAGAUUUAAUUCUGCCCAAAUAUACAAACAAAAUAUUCAGAGUGAAACUUAACACUGCUAUGGUUAGUGAGUUAGACAUAAGAAACGUGCACUUCAAACAUUUGUUAAACACAGGAGCAAAACAUAAAAGGUGCAACUGCCUCAUUGAUAAUCCACAAACACAAAGAAAAAAUAUAUACAUUCAAAUAAAAUUACAAGACACGUGCCGUCAGAUCCUGCUGAGAAAAGAAACAUGACAGUUAACAUGAGUCGACAAAUAUUAAUUUCAUUACUGUCUAUUUACGCUAACAGAUGUUUUUGGCUCAGUAUAUCACAAAGUGUGGAAACAUUCAUUCCGUCUGAGUCCUUCUGUAGACGUGUGUAGGAAACCAUGUAUGUGUUGACUUACAUCGACAAUCACGCAUUAGAAGGACCAGUUUGUGCCAUGAUCCCUGCCUCCUCUUCCUCCUCUGUCUCUCCCCCCUCCUCCUCCGCCACCGUCUCUCCUCCCCCAUCCUCCUCCUCCCCCUCCUCCUCCUCCUCCUCCUCCUCCUCCUCCUUCCCUUGGAUUGCUCAGGUCCUUCUCCCUCUUGUGCUUCUCGUAUCUCUCUGCCAUAAGCACCAGCCCCUCAGGGACCUCCUGCAACAGGAUUCACAAACAUUACAUGCACUUAAAUAUGGUUUGCUAGAUAUUUUAUUCAAUCUAUUUUAAAAUGUAAUGAAUUUAACUGAGAACAUAACACAUGCUCCCUAAUCUAUAACAAUAUUCAUGUCAGCUUUCAAAUAAAACGUGUGAACUAAGCAUUCUUUCUUGA